AUGGAAGCAGGACUCCCAAGUGACGACAAGGGAUCUCAGAUCCUGGCCAUUAUGUGGUCUCUCUUCAGUGUUUCGACCUCGAUGGUGUUGGUACGGCUGUGGAUACGCUCCCACCUCACGAAGCAACUCGGCUGGGAUGACGCUUUUAUAGUUCUGGCACUGGCUUGCGGAUGCGUGAACACGGCCUUGCUCACCGUCGCCGUAUUUGCUGGCCUGGGGCGCCGCCAGGUCUACCUGGAAAAGAGCCAGCUUAUACAGAUCUUCAAGUACACCUGGCUGUCGCAGCCCUUCCAUAUCAUGUGUAUAAACUGGGGGAAGGUCUCCGCCAUGCUCCUUAUCAUACGCAUCAUAGAGAGGGCAAAACACCAGGUGCGAUAUUUCUACGCAGCCAUAGCCUUCCUCACCGUGGUCAAUACAGGAUGCGUGGGCAUCAUAGUGGGCCAGUGCCGACCGCCUGAUGCGUUUUGGAAUCCAUUGAUCAAGGGCAAGUGCUGGAAACCGAGUGUCCUGAAGAACUAUACUUUUUUCCAAAGUGUCCUACACCCUCGAAUUUCCAUCCCGAGCGCAAUUGGCUUGCGAGAUCUUCUAACCUUUGCGACAAUGUUGAAAAAUAGUGCUUUCGCUGGAGCUGUUAUAAAAGCUUCUUACCUCCCCCAGCUCACCGAUCGUUCGGACUACCCCUGGAAAACCGCCGACUUGAUCACCUGGGCGGUAGUCGAGCAGUACCUUGUCAUUAUCGCAGCCUGUGUGCCUACCCUCGGUCCGCUAAUCAAAUAUAUCCGCCAGGGGAUCUCCUCCGGGGGAGACAGAGCAUCCUCAUACCGGCUUUACUGCAAAAAGGUAAAAUCCUGGUCACACUCCACACCGAGGACAACGCUCAGUACAGCUACCACCGGCUCUGCGCCUGGCGCGGCAGCGCUAGGGAAGACCAAGAAGUUCUUCAGCGGGAUGUACAGCGGCUCCUCUGCGACAGCAGGAAACAGCUAUUCGCUGUCUGUGUAUGAUAGCGGGCGCAAGCAGCAGCAGAGUGAAGCGCACAGCAGCCGCGAGGCCAUAAUCGGGCCAUCGGAGGAUCAGGGCGACGCGAUCACAAAGGUGACGGAGGUGCACGUAAGGGCGGAUAAUCAGAGCAAUACAGAACAGAGCUGGGAACAGAGGAUCACGCCAUGGGAGUCGAGGAGCCCUGUAUGA